CCGGCCCGCCCGGCCCCGCCGCCCGCCCGCCCGCCCCGCGCGCGGCCCGCACCGCCGCCCGCCCAAGAUGUCGGCGCGGACGCCAUUGCCCACGGUGAACGAGCGGGACACGGAGAACCAUACGUCUGUGGAUGGAUAUACGGAACCACAUGUCCAGCCGUCCAAAUCAAGUAGCAGGCAAAACAUCCCUCGGUGCCGAAACUCCAUGACCUCAGCCGCAGACGAGCAGCCCCACAUUGGGAAUUACCGUUUACAGAAAACAAUAGGGAAGGGGAAUUUCGCCAAAGUGAAGUUGGCGAGGCAUGUCCUGACUGGUAGAGAGGUGGCUGUAAAAAUCAUAGACAAAACUCAGCUAAAUCCUACCAGUCUGCAAAAGGUAUUUAAUUAUUUUAAUAGGAGAAACUCGGAACUCCAGCCUUCCAGCCAAUCGCAGUGUAGCUGUCUGAGUUCCAGAAAGACCUUCCUUCCUCGGCAGUUGUUUCGAGAAGUACGAAUAAUGAAGAUAUUGAAUCAUCCUAACAUAGUAAAAUUAUUUGAAGUGAUUGAAACGGAGAAGACUCUCUAUUUAGUCAUGGAGUACGCAAGCGGGGGUGAAGUAUUUGAUUACUUAGUUGCCCAUGGAAGAAUGAAAGAAAAAGAGGCCCGUGCAAAAUUUAGGCAGAUCGUGUCUGCUGUGCAGUAUUGUCAUCAAAAGUGCAUUGUUCAUCGUGAUCUUAAGGCUGAAAACCUUCUCCUUGAUGCUGAUAUGAAUAUUAAAAUUGCUGACUUUGGUUUUAGCAAUGAAUUCACAGUUGGGAACAAAUUGGACACAUUUUGCGGGAGCCCGCCCUACGCCGCACCUGAACUUUUCCAAGGCAAGAAGUACGACGGGCCCGAGGUGGACGUGUGGAGUCUGGGCGUCAUUCUCUACACGCUGGUCAGCGGCUCUCUGCCCUUCGACGGCCAGAACCUGAAGGAGCUGCGGGAGCGGGUCCUGCGUGGGAAGUACCGGAUUCCCUUCUACAUGUCCACCGACUGCGAGAACCUGCUCAAGAAGCUCCUCGUGCUGAACCCGGUGAAGAGAGGCAGCCUGGAACAAAUAAUGAAAGAUCGGUGGAUGAAUGUUGGUCAUGAAGAAGAAGAACUAAAGCCAUACUCCGAGCCUGAACCAGAUUUCAAUGACACAAAGAGGAUAGAUAUCAUGGUCACCAUGGGCUUUGCGCGAGAUGAGAUAAAUGAUGCCUUAAUAAAUCAGAAAUAUGAUGAAGUCAUGGCUACGUACAUUCUUCUCGGUAGAAAGCCACCUGAAUUUGAAGGCGGCGAAUCCAUGUCCAGUGGGAGCCUGUGUCCACGGUCACGACCCAGCAGUGACCUCAACAACAGCUCCCUGCAGUCCCCCGCCCACCUAAAAGUCCAGCGGAGCAUCUCGGCCAAUCAGAAGCAGCGGCGUUUCAGCGACCAUGCUGGUCCGGCCAUCCCCCCUGCGGUCUCCUACACCAAAAGGCCCCAGGCCACCAGCGUGGAGAGUGAGCAGAAGGAGGAGUGGGACAAGGACCUCGCGCGGAAGCUGGGCAGCACGACGGUGGGUUCCAAGAGUGAGAUGACCACCAGCCCGCUCGUGGGGCCCGAGAGGAAAAAGUCCUCCACGAUCCCCAGCAACAACGUGUAUCCUGGGGGCAGCAUGGCGAGAAGGAACACUUACGUCUGCGAACGGACCGCGGACCGCUACGUGGCCUUGCAGAAUGGCAAGGACAGCAGCCUCACGGAGAUGUCGGCCAGUAGCAUCUCCUCUGCGGGCUCUGCCGUAGCGUCUGCCGUCCCCUCCGCGCGUCCCCGCCACCAGAAGUCCAUGUCUGCCUCGAGCCACCCCAUCAAGGUGCCGCUGCCGGCCAUCAAGGAUGGCGCCGAAGCUUACCGGCCCGGCACCGUGCAGCGCGCGCCCGCCGCCUCCCCGUCCGCGCACAGCAUCAGCGCCAGCACCCCGGACCGCACGCGCUUCCCGCGGGGCAGCUCCAGCCGCAGCACCUUCCACGGCGAGCAGCUGCGGGAGCGCCGCGGCGCCGCCUACAACGGGCCGCCCGCCUCGCCCUCGCAUGAGCCUGGCGCCUUCGCGCACGCCCGGAGGGGCACGUCCACGGGCAUCAUAAGCAAGAUCACGUCCAAGUUCGUCCGCAGGGAUCCAAGUGAAGGUGAAGCCAGUGGCAGAACCGACGCUUCGAGAAGCACAUCAGGGGAGCCCAAGGAGCGGGACAGGGACGAGGGCAAAGAUUCCAAGCCGCGCUCCUUGCGCUUCACGUGGAGCAUGAAGACCACGAGCUCCAUGGACCCCAGUGACAUGAUGCGCGAGAUCCGCAAGGUGCUGGACGCCAACAACUGCGACUACGAGCAGAAGGAGCGCUUCCUGCUCUUCUGCGUGCACGGCGACGCCCGGCAGGACAGCCUGGUGCAGUGGGAGAUGGAGGUGUGCAAGCUGCCCCGCCUCUCGCUCAACGGCGUCCGCUUCAAGCGCAUCUCGGGCACAUCCAUCGCCUUCAAGAACAUCGCCUCCAAGGUGGCCAACGAGCUCAAGCUAUAGGGCGGAGACGCGCUCCGGGCCGGAGGUGGUGCCCGGGGAGGUCUGGCCUCGAACGGGCAGGGCGCGUGCCGUGGCGACCGGCCUGUGACUCUCCCGCUGUAGAACCUGCCCCUAAUGCAAUAAGGUUAUACAUAGUCAUGAACUGUGCGAUCAAAGUCCUUAUGAACUAUAAUGAAUAUCUGUAGCUACAACAAAACGUAGGUUCACAUGUACAGGUAAGUAUAUUGUGUAUUUUUGUUCAUUUUCUGUUCAUAGAGUUGUAUAAUAAAACAGAUGAUUGCUUCAAACCUUGUAUAGUUGUCGAGAUUUCUGCACCCCCAUGUAUGUCUGAUGCUCUGAGUUGAAAACGUUCUUCCCUGCUAUUCCCAUUCCGUUGGGUUUUUAAGAAUUCUUACCUCCAUCAUGCCAUUUUGAAAAUUGUGUCCAGAACAAAAAAACAAAACAAACAAACAAAAAAAAAACCAAAGUUCACAGAAAUUGUAUCUACAGUGUAGCAUGGACUUUAAAAAUGUAUUCCAAGCUCCUAUUUCAAUUGAAACCAAAAGCUGAUGAAUAGAUCAGCUGUAUUAGACACAGAAUAACCCCUGCUCUAUCUUUACUCUUAUCUGUUACCAGACAAGGUUUAGUUGGGAAGACACCAAGUAUUGACAGUGUUGGCACUUCGAGUUUUUGAAAAUAAAGUACCUGAAAAUAAUCACAGCUUUGCCUUGAGCUAAAAAGUACUAGGGAACCUACAGUUUGGUACUUUGGAUCUCCCCAGGUGUUUCCUGGUCCCCUGCCAAUCAUAGCAGUGACGAGAGGAGUUGCUUGGCGCACCUGUUUGUUAGGUGCUGCGUGUCACUUGACUUGCUGCCCUGUCGUCCCAGAGCGUGCUGGGGGAGGGCACGGGGCUGUCUCAUAGCACAAACCCGUCUGGGAAGAGCGGAUGGGGAAAGCCGCCUCAGGAAUUAACUGCCAUUGGGAGCCACCCCCCUCGCACACCCCAACACAGUGACAUCUGAAAGCUCUUGAGAGACUUCUGAAGAAAGCGUGCUCUUUAUAACCGAACACGAUCAUGCCAUGCCUCCCGGCCGGCCUCUGGGGUUCUUGGGUAACCUGCCUCUUGACGAUCUUUCCCCGGGUUUCUUGUGUUUCUUCCGCGUCGUCACGCCUCCACUGCAGCGCUGUAACGGCAUUUGCUGACUUGUUCUCUCCUAAUCCUCGAGCUGUGCAAUGUGCAAGCAGAGUCAGCGGCCCCUCGUGCCUACUCAUUCGAUGCGGAGCCAGAGGCGGGCGGCCUACUGUCACUGUAAACGCGAUCUCUGUCCUGUCAGCGCGGCCCCUCUGCACGCUCCCGAGACAGAGGACGCCGACUCAGAUUGUAUCUGUCUCCAAGGAGAGUCAGGCUGAGGUCAUACUGUCGCUUCCUCUGCCGUCGAGAGCCCCCGGGCUUGGGGACCGCACAAGGAUAUUUUCCUCUCUGUGCCAUGCUGUGCUGUAACUUUCUUCUGUAAACAGUUCUGUUCAAAAAUGAAAUGUUUUUGCCUUAGCAGUGGGUGGUAUUUGGGGAAAAAAAAUACUGUGUAGCCCCUUUUUAACCUCGUGUUCAUUUAAAAAAAAAUGGAUGCAAAUCAUUAUUCACUUUUACUGGUGCACACUGAAAUUCUACUUGAACAGUCCUCAUAAUAAAGCACUUGUCUUUUGAUCUGUA